AAUAGAAUAUAGAGAGGGGGGAUCCAAUCCGGUUUCAGCUAGUUUAUGUUCCGAUAGAACAUUUAUGCUAGCUACACUGUGUUCCAAGGUACUGUUAGAGUCUUACUGAACACAUACAGCAGUACAUUGUUAGCUUGCGCCGUGAUUAGGUUAUCUUCUUUCCUCUUCCUAAAAAAGUAGGCUACAAGUUUAGCAGCAAUGCCGAAAAGAAACAAAGCUAACAAUGACGUCGAAGUCGGAGAGCCCAAGAGGAGGUCUGAAAGACUCAGUGCUAAACCACUGCCAAAGGCACCUGAGCCAAAACCAAAGCAGAAGGCUCCUGCCAAGCCCAAGAAGGUGAAGGAGGUGGUUGAGAAGGUGAAGGCAAAGCCGAAGGAGAAGGAGGAGAAAGAGGAGGCUGAGGUCGAGGAAGAGGAGGAGGAGGAGGAGGAGGCCGCCGCUGAGGAGGAGGAGGCACCCGCAGAGAAUGGAGAGGCUAAAGCUGAUGAGGAGGCGGCAGCCACAGAAGACGAGCCAGAACAGAAAGACGACGAGGCCGCUGAAUAGCACCACCACAAUACUCAAGAGCUCCCCAUACCUCUUUUCAUGUACAAUUCAGAGGACUAUUUUUAUCAACUAUUUUCUAAAAAAAAAAAAUUGCAGGUUUUUUAGUAGCUCAGUAGCAGAAAAACAUUUUAUAGAAAAAAAUGCAAAAAAAAAAAAAAAGAAAAUGCGUUAGAAGAGGGAUCUCAGAGUAUCCUGAUUUUUGUUUUUACAGCUCCUUAACGGGAGUGGUCAUUGAGUGAUCUCUGUGUUUCUCUUUUUUUGUUCUUUCAUUUUUAAAACUCUGUAUUGUUUCAAAGAGGGGAGGGAGUGGGGCUGGUUGCUGCAAAGAUGUCAUGCAAUCACGCCAUUUCUUUGAGGAAUCAGUUUUGUUGAAGGGGGAGUUUUGCCUGAGAGACUAACAUUCCAUAGGCUUUAUGAGGGACUAUGUAUGUAACCUGUAUCGUAUUGGGAGAAGGGUGGGUCUUAUACGAUAUUACAUUGUCUGUCGUUGUUUAUGAUUGGGUGGGCAGGGGUUGAUUGUUUGUGAGCUGUGUUCUAUGAAUUUAAAUUCUCUUAUCCAUGCAGUCUUCUAAAUCAACAGCUUUGAUUGAUCAUCCUGUUACCAUAGUACUGUGUCAUUCAUCAGGCUUUGUGCAUAACAAAUAAUGAGUCUCUGUUUGGUGAUAGCAUUGCAAUAACAUUUGUAUAGCUGCUGUGAACACAACAAUGGUCUUCAUGAUUUCUGUAUGCAGUAUGUAACGGUACUUGUUAUGGAUGACAAAAAAUGGAAUCGUGUUUUAGCCAAGCUAAUGACGUGAACAACAUUACAGUGUUAAAACUACAGGCUAUAGCUAACUGAUGAGCAAAAUGACUGUACUUUCACUUGAACAUACCAGCAGUAGCAAUAUUGUCCCAAGGGUUUUAGUUUUGAAGUACAAAUGUACAGUUUCAUUUUUUUGUAGCUGUAUCUGUGUAAUGAUUGGUAUGAACGUACCAAUAAAAUGGAUGUAAUUUCCUCAAUGUC